ACCCGAGAAGCUAGCUUCGCGCACGCCAUCGCCUCAGCGGGUGUGGUGCAUGCACUGGCUCGCAGUUGCAAGGAAGCGCGUCUUUCGAGCUGCGGCUGCAGUAAGGCGGAACGGCCUCAGCAGUUGCACCGUGACUGGAUUUGGGGCGGUUGUGGCGACAACAUCGACUACGCCUACCGCUUCUCCAAGGCCUUCGUGGACAUUCGCGAGAAAGAAAAAAGCUUUCCUCGCAAUUCUCUUGGUCUAGCACGCAAGCUCAUGAACCUCCACAAUAAUCGCGUCGGAAGACUCGUAGGUCUCUCCACCUACCAACUCACCCGUCUCCAACUCCUGCUUUGA